GUCAGUCAUUUGGCCAUUAGCUUCCGGCGAGGUAGGAUCUCUCGUCUGAACUUACGCCUUCGCCAUGGCCAAUUAUUGCGUACUGUUCACUUAGUUUAUAACAAAAUAAACUACUAAUAAACCCAAUCGCCUCCAAAGCCUUAUAACGAGCGCCUUACGAUCGAUAUUGAUGGAUUUCUGUUAGAAAGUCCGUCACCUGCCAGAUGAGGAAUUCUCAUACUUCCAGGGAAGCCGUCAGUCUCGAAUUUCCCGAUCGAACUGCCGACGGAGCCGAAGAUGCUUUCGGACAGGAAAGCGACGAGAGCGAAGAGUGGUCCAGGCUCCGGUGUUCCAGCGUCCAGACCGAAGUCAUAGCCGAAAGAAAUCGGAGGAACAGGCAGCCCAGUUCGGGUUAUCCCGGUCUGGCUUUCGGAUCCUCCCUCUUCUCUGCCGGCACCAUGAUGAAGUUCAGCGUCAUCUCCAACGAGUUGCACAACAUCAUGAACGUUCAGCUCAGAAGGGCUGAGGGUGAAGUGGCUGCCCUCAACAGAAGGAUCCAGCUGAUCGAGGAAGAUCUCGAACGUUCGGAGGAGAAGUUGAAAAUCACCACCCAGAAAUUGGAAGAGGUUUCCCAGGCUGCCGACGAGAGCGAACGUAUGCGUAAGAUGCUCGAGCACAGGAGCAUCACCGACGAAGAACGUAUGGACGGUUUGGAAUGUCAGCUGAAAGAAGCCAGAGUGAUGGCAGAAGAUGCCGACAGAAAGUAUGACGAGGUCGCCCGUAAGCUGGCCAUGGUUGAAGCCGAUUUGGAACGUGCGGAAGAACGUGCCGAGACCGGCGAAUCCAAAAUUGUAGAACUUGAGGAAGAACUGAGAGUUGUUGGUAACAACUUGAAAUCCCUGGAAGUUAGUGAAGAAAAGGCCCUUCAGAAGGAAGACGCAUACGAGACACAAAUACGGCAAAUGACCUCCAGAUUACAAGAGGCCGAAGCCCGUGCCGAGUUCGCCGAGAGAUCCGUUCAGAAACUGCAGAAGGAAGUGGACAGAUUAGAAGACGAGCUCAUUCACGAGAAGGAGAAAUACAAGGCCAUCUCCGACGACUUGGACCAGACCUUUGCCGAACUCACCGGAUAUUAAUUCGUCCCGCUUUUCGUUGCCUCUGUAUCUAUACACCGGUUCCCGUUUUUACUUCACUGCAUUGGCAAAAAUCAUGUGUGCAACGUCCGGUAGGGUGUGUGUGUGUCCGCAGAAGGAAAACACUCCGGUUACGACUUGUGGACUUUG